CUGACCAAUCCCGUCGCCCCAUGGCAUCCCGGUGCCGCCUUCGCCGGCCCUUGGUUGGCGCCGUUUCUGCCGCCGCGUCUGUCGCCUGCGCUGUGCUGCUGGCGGAAUCAAUCGCUGGAGGCAGCUUCUCAGCUUCCUUCGUCGCACCGUUGCGAAGCUCACGCCCUGCGCGCGGCGCGAAGAGCGGCGCUGCAGCGCGGCGUUCGGAAUGGCGCCGGGUGACUGCGGCGGCAGGAGGACUCGCAGAUUUGAAAGCAAAGCUGGAGAGUAGCGGCGUCACCAAAGUCGUGACGUCCCCCAGCUGGUGGUUAGUGUCGGCGGCCGUGCUGGUCUCCGGACUGCUAGGUGGCGAUGUGAUAGCAGCCGUGAUGGUGGCAGCAUGCGCCGUCCUGGGCGGCCUCUUCGGCGCGCGCACGCCCUUGGGCCGCGCCCUGACGGGCCCCGUUUGCGCCAUGUCCUUUGGCGUCUGCGCUGCCGCGGCGCUUGGGCCGGUGCCGGGGGCCGUGCUCAGACGUCUUCAGUUCAUUGCAGUGACCCUGGCGACGCCACUUCUGCUUCUGUCCUGCAAUCUCAAGGAGCUGCGUGGCGCGCCGGCGCGGCGUCUGCUGGGUGCUUUCUCCCUGGGUGCGCUGUGCACCAUCUGCGCCGCGCUGAUCAGUGCUUUGCUGCUGCGGUCGCGGCUCAUUGCCACGCUGGGCGGCUGGGCUACGGCCAGUCAGGCAAUUGCCGCCUUGACAAGCAAGAAUAUCGGAAGCGGAAUUAACUUCGUUGCGGUGGCCCAGGCUUUGCACAUGAAACCCCUCAUUGUAGCGGCGAGCCUUGCAGUUGACAGUGCUGUGGGUGUUGUAUAUUUUCCGUUGGCUGCAAGCCUCACCCCGAAGAACACUGAAGCGACAGAGGUGGUAACAGAGACCACGCGCUUUCCCAACUCUUGGAGUUUGACGGACUGCGCUUCGACGUUUCUGGUGGCCCUGGCCAUUGCCUUCCUGUCGCAUCAGUUCUCCCCCGCGGGGUACGCCUGCAUCACCAGCAGCAUCUUGGCCGUCUUGCUGGCCACGCUGCCGCAGGCCGAGGAGCGCUGGCCGGCGGGGGAGAUGCUGGGCUGGCCCUUGAUGUACAUUUACUUUGCAGCGGCUGGUUUCACCGUGGGCGCAGUGCCUGGAGAAACGUUGCUGCGCUUCUCUCCGCUGAUCGAUUUCGGCAUUUUGCUCUAUGUGUUUCACCUCGUUCUGCUCCUGGCGGCUGGUCGUCUCUUCCAGCUGCAACAAGCGGAGCUGCUGGUGGCCAGCAGUGCCAACAUCGGGGGCCCGGCCACGGCCAGCUCCUUAGCCACCAGUAAGUCUUGGGAGAGGUUGAAGCGCCCAGCGCUGAUCGUGGGAACCUUUGGGAAUGCUAUUGCCUCGACCUUUGGGCUCCUGUUUUUCCAAGUUCUGAAACGCUGGCCGUGACGGGCGGGCGAACCAGGUUUUGUUGGUUUUCCAAAGCCAUCUAGCCUCUGGUAAUUGAACAGUUUGCGAACUGGAAAAUCACAAUGUUUUGAC